UCGCUCUCAUCCGACUGUAAACAUGGCGGCCCGUGGGAGCUGCACGUUAUGGAGUUACUAUGGCCGUGGCAGGUCUUGGGCAAUAUGGAGUGGCUGCAUCCCCUACUUUUGUAGUUCCUGGCACGGGGCCUUUCUGGGUGCGCGGCUUUUGUCCCAAGAGAAGCGGGCAACGGAAACGCACUUCGGGUUUGAGACUGUUUCGGAGGAAGAGAAGGGGGGCAAAGUAUAUCAGGUGUUUGAAAAUGUGGCCAAGAAGUAUGACGUGAUGAAUGAUAUGAUGAGUCUUGGAAUCCAUCGUGUCUGGAAGGAUCUGCUGCUCUUGAAGAUGCACCCAUUUCCUGGGACCAAGCUCCUUGAUGUUGCUGGAGGCACAGGUGACAUAGCCUUCCGAUUCCUUAAUUAUGUUCAAACACAGCAUCAGAAAAAGCAGAAGAGGCAGUUAAGAGGCCAACAAAAUGUAUCAUGGGAAGAAAUUGCCAAAACAUACCAAAAUGAAGAGGAUUCCUUGGGCGGUUCCCAUGUCAUGAUCUGUGAUAUUAACAAGGAGAUGCUGAAGGUUGGCAAGCAGAAAGCCAUUGCUCAAGGAUACAAAGCUGGACUUGCGUGGGUACUAGGAGAUGCUGAAGAACUGCCCUUCGAUGAUGACAAGUUUGAUGUUUACACCAUUGCCUUUGGGAUCCGGAAUGUCACACACAUCGAUCGGGCUCUCCAGGAAGCCCAUCGGGUCCUAAAACCAGGAGGACGGUUUCUCUGUCUGGAAUUUAGUCAAGUGAAUAAUCCCCUCAUGUCCAGGCUUUAUGAUCUAUAUAGCUUCCAGGUCAUUCCUGUCCUGGGAGAGGUCAUUGCAGGAGACUGGAAAUCAUAUCAAUACCUUGUAGAGAGUAUCCGACGGUUCCCAUCUCAGGAAGAAUUCAAGGAGAUGAUAGAAGAUGCAGGCUUUCAGAAGGUGACUUAUGAAAACCUCACAUCAGGCAUCGUAGCCAUUCAUUCUGGCUUCAAACUUUAACUGCUUCCCUGUCCUGGAGGCUGACCCAGGCAUAUUCCGUCCAAAGCCUGGAACUGAAGGAUAAUCUGAUGGAACGGAAGCAGAGUGUCUCCUCUUAAGGCUAUGGGCCUUGAACUCUGAAUCGACCAAUCUCAAAGUGGAGGAAACAAAGUCUUGUCACUUUUUUGCAGCUUUCACCAGGAGCUGCUUCAGGCCCUCUGGAGUUAUUUGGUCUACCUUUUUUCAACUCCUACACUUCUCUUGGCUGUGCAUUGUGCCUGCGGUCAAGGUAAAACCAGCACUAACGCACAGUUUUGACUUGUAUUUGUAGCUUCUCUGCUGAUACUGCCUCCCAAAAGGAUAAUGGAUCAUUUCAACCCAAUGAUGAUUUGAACCAGAAAAUUUCUUACCUGUAUCUGAAUCAGCCUUUCAGCCUAGGACUGAAAUUAAGGCCAAAAGCUAAGGCCCAAAUCAGAGGGCUAUUAGAAUUGUGUGACGAACCAGUAAAUCAGUUUACAAUCUGGAACUAUUUGUCAUUUUUUUUUUUUCUUGCAGAGUGUAAGAGAAAUACAUUGUUCAGUCCUCUUUUACCAGAGGCUGUUGUGUCCUCAGUGCCUAUAAUAAACAAACAAACAAGCAAACAAAAAACCCACCUCACUAAAUUCUUGUUGAAAGAAUAAAUGUUCCAUAGUCCCUCCUUGUUGGGACCUUCUCAGCAGAACACAUUUUUCUGAGCGAGGGAGGCUCAGGAAAAUGAUUGGCACUGUUUCUUCUAAUCUUUUGAGACAAAAUAUAAAUAAAACGUUGCUUCCUUAGACAGAUACUA